AUGAAGAAAUCCUGCUAUCGUCACGGAAGCCAUUGGAAUACAAGCAUGGGGCGGAGCUCUAGUCCGCGCCGGCGCUACCGGAGUCCGUCACCUCGACGUAGUCGCAGUCGUAGCCGUACUUCAUACAGAGACUCAAGACGUCGGCGCAGUCGCAGCAACAAUCGGCGCUCUCCGUCGCGCUCUCGUUCUCCGCGUCGAGGGCGUCCAAGAUCGUCGAGUUACCACAGGGACCACGAGCACGAGGUGAUGGGGCGCUACGGGCCAUCCAGCGGACCCAGCGGAUUUAAGGGUGGAGGUGGCCGAGGGAGAGGUCGAUACAGUGCUAAUGACCAGACCGACGACUUUUUCGAGGAGAGGAAGAGACAGCGAGACAGCAUCGAUUUCAGUAUCUGGGCAGGCAUCCCCAGUCCCCCACCCAUGCAGAAGAAGGUCAAGAAGGAGAAGAAGAGAGAACACACACCAUCCCCGUCCAGAUCCAGAUCCAGAUCGUUUUCCAGAUCACCUUCUAGGUCGCGGUCUAGAUCUUUAUCGGAUGUUUCUCGCUCCGACAGUAAGGAAGAGCGACGUCGACGUAGAAAAAGCAAGAAGAAAGCCAAGUCUUCACGUCGCUCUCACAAGAGAAAAAGCUCUAAGAAGAGCAAAAAACACAAGAAGGAGAGCAAGAGCAGACGCAAGCGACGUCGACGCUCGUACAGCGACAGUGAGAGCGAUGACAGUCGCAGUGGCAGCGAAUCUGAUGCAUCGGUGGCUUCGGAGAGGGAAAAAGAGAGGAAAAUAAGUGUCGAUACUGGAGACAGCAUGAGCGAACUGGAUGAGAACGAGAAGAGGGAAGCAGCCAAGUUUAAAGAAGCUGUGCAAGGCUCACACAAGGAAGAGGAAGACGACGAGGAGAUUGGACCGAAACCUCUGGUAGCAGCUGAUGAGACGUCGGCCGCGUCGUCGAUGAACUACGGUAAGGCACUGUUGCCUGGUGAGGGUGCAGCUAUCGCGCAAUUCGUGCAGAAGAACAUGCGUAUUCCACGUCGUGGUGAAGUCGGCUGGAACGGUGAGGAGAUCGAGAACCUGGAAAAUUUGGGCUACGUGAUGAGCGGUAGUCGUCACAAACGCAUGAAUGCAGUACGUAUCCGAAAGGAGAACCAAGUGUACACUGCUGAAGAGAAGCGUGCCCUUGCGCUUAUCAACUUCGAGGAAAAGCAGCAGCGUGAAAACGCUAUCAUGAACGAUUUCAAGGAAAUGCUCACUGCGAGGCUUACGAAGAAGCACGGCUCGCGACUUGUGGAAGACAUGGAGUCGGCAGCAAAAGAUUGA